AUGCGUUCACUAUUUGCAGUCAGUCUUGUCACAUUGUGCAUCACGAUAAAUUCACACGCACUCGUGAAACUCUCACAUGGGAAAACUCCACCCUCCGAUGAUCUAAGGGAACAAGAUCAGCAUCUUUCACCUCCGGCACCCCUGGUGGAAGAUAUGACAGAAUUAUUUCGGAAUAUUCAUUCGUUGUGCAAGGCCUAUUCGCUAAUGAAUCGAAAACCAGCGAAUGCAACAACGAUUCUGGAACCAGCAACGAAUUGCAUGAACACGUUUCCUGAAAUUGCAAAAUUGUGUGGGACGCUAGACUCGAUUGGGGUCCCGGAAGCAACGAGAUGUACGUUUUCGCCAACGGUAAAAAAUCAUGGCUUCCAACUCGUCUCAAAUCUAGCGAGAAAUUACUCGCUCAACCUGCCAGCACUAACAAAUAUGUCCAGCCACGAUCACGUUAUUUCACCUUUGAGCUCCUUCAUUUACAUGGCAAUGAUCUCUUAUGCGAGUCCAGAAGGAAGCGGAUUUUCUGGACUUCCGAAAAACAAAAUGAAGAUGGCAAAACUUGGAUUUCAUCAAUUCUUGAAGUACAUGGGUGAUCAUGGUGUCCGCAUAAAAACAAAAAUUUUCACCGACCAUGACGUCACCCAGUUGGAUCCCAAUUUCAUCAAAGUGGCCAAACGAAUUUUCCAUUCGGAAAUUGAAACAGUUGAUGUGAUCGAUGGAUCCAUGGGUAACAGAAAAAUAAACGAAUGGAUUGCUGCUCAAACGAACAGUAGUGUAGCUCACAUAUUCGAGCCACGGAAUUUGGAAGUACAGAUUCUCAUCCAGUCCGGGGCAUUCUUUUCAACUCGGCGAUGA